UCUGGAAAUUAAUAUUUAAAAACAGCCGAGGACGCAGGGGAAGGUGGGGGCAGAGGCGAGGCAGGACGCACAGCACGCACGCAGGAGAAGACAGAGCCCACCGGGAGCGCGAGCGGCGGCAGCACCGCCGGCGGCCGAUGUGACCCGGACCCGCGCGCCCUCGCCGCUCCGCCCGCCACCUCGAUGUGGUGUCCGCCGCGCUCUCGCCCGCAUCACCAUGAACGCGCAGCUGACCAUGGAGGCGAUCGGCGAGCUGCACGCGGUGAGCCACGAGCCGGUGCCCGCCCCUGCUGACCUGCUGGGCGGCAGUCCCCACGCGCGCGGCUCCGUGGCGCACCGCGGCGGCCACCUGGCCCCCGCGCACCCGCGCUCGCUGGGCAUGGCCACCCUGCUGGACGGCGGCGGCGGCGGCGACUACCACCACCACCCCCGCGGCCCCGAGCACAGCCUGGCCGGGCCCCUGCACCCCACCAUGACCAUGGCCUGCGAGACUCCGCCAGGUAUGAGCAUGCCCACCACCUACACCACGCUCACGCCGCUGCAGCCGCUGCCGCCCAUCUCCACCGUGUCGGACAAGUUCCCCCACCAUCACCACCACCACCAUCACCACCACCACCACCCCCCGCACCACCACCAGCGCCUGGCGGGCAACGUGAGCGGCAGCUUCACCCUCAUGCGCGACGAGCGCGGGCUGGCCUCCAUGAACAACCUCUACACCCCCUACCACAAGGACGUGGCCGGCAUGGGCCAGAGCCUCUCGCCCCUCUCCGGCUCCGGCCUGGGCGGCAUCCACAACUCCCAGCAAGGGCUCCCCCACUACGCCCACCCGGGCGCCGCCAUGCCCGCCGACAAGAUGCUCACCCCCAACGGCUUCGAAGCCCACCACCCGGCCAUGCUCGGCCGCCACGGGGAGCAGCACCUCACGCCCACCUCGGCCGGCAUGGUGCCCAUCAACGGCCUCCCUCCGCACCACCCCCACGCCCACCUGAACGCCCAGGGCCACGGACAGCUCCUGGGCACGGCCCGGGAGCCCAACCCCUCGGUGACCGGCACGCAAGUCAGCAAUGGAAGUAAUUCAGGGCAGAUGGAAGAGAUCAAUACCAAAGAGGUGGCGCAGCGCAUCACCACCGAGCUCAAACGCUACAGCAUUCCCCAGGCCAUCUUCGCUCAGAGGGUGCUCUGCCGCUCCCAGGGGACCCUCUCGGACCUGCUGCGCAACCCCAAACCCUGGAGCAAGCUCAAGUCCGGCCGGGAGACCUUCCGGAGGAUGUGGAAGUGGCUGCAGGAGCCCGAGUUCCAGCGCAUGUCGGCGCUCCGCUUAGCAGCGUGCAAGAGGAAAGAGCAGGAGCACGGGAAGGAUCGAGGCAACACGCCGAAAAAGCCCAGGCUGGUCUUCACCGACGUCCAGCGCCGAACUCUGCACGCGAUAUUCAAGGAGAACAAGCGUCCGUCCAAGGAGCUGCAGAUCACCAUCUCCCAGCAGCUGGGGCUGGAGCUCAGCACCGUGAGCAACUUCUUCAUGAAUGCGCGGCGGCGGAGUCUGGACAAAUGGCAGGACGAGGCCAGCGCCGCCUCCGGGGGCUCCUCCUCCUCCAGCGCCUGCACCAAAGCUUGACGGGAGCCAGGGACUCGAACCUCGGUGGAAAAGCUUUAAAUUUAAGAGAGAAGAUUUUUAAGGACCAGGACCUCCAGAUAGCAGGUUUAUACUCAGAAAUAUUUGAAGAAGAAAAGCGAUAUUUAUAGUCCAAAGAAACCAAAGACGUAGCUCACCUGACUCUGCUCGGAGACACACACUUCGGCGGGCGACAGUGUGGCACGAGAAGGCGGGCAGGGUCGCCGAGCCCCUCGCACCCGCAGCCCCGGCUGUCGCCGCACGCACACGGCCACAGAGCGGCCCGGAGCAUCUGGGUUCCGGGCCGCCCGGUGGACCUCGUUAGGACCGGACCUUCUCGUCUGGUCCCCCACGCCGCAAAGGUGUCUGGUGUCGCGGUACUGUGUGCAGGUGUGCACGCGUGUCCACACUCUUGCACGCACGCACGCCGCUGUGAUGGGGACUCAGGCAGGGCCGGUGGUCAGGAAGGGGCCGGUGGACCGGGAGUGACAUCACCCGCUGGGCAGCAGUGCGCGGAACCUGCCGGACCACCGCCCGGCCCCGGAUUCAGACCCACCCAACACUUGAACAGCACCCAAACCAGUGCAUUCUCUUUGUUUGUUAAGGAGUGUUCAGAUAUUUUUUAAGAAAUGAAACAAGAGUCCAUCCAUAAAAAAAAAAAAUCACCUAGGUACCAAAGAACACACUUAAUAUUAUAGUGCAGGUAUUUUAUUGCAACGAUUUUAAUAACCAAAGCUAUUUUUACACAAGAUACUAUGUAAAGUUAUACGUAUGAACUGAUCUAGCUUAACACACAUACCACGUAGAUUCACGAUUAUAAUUUAUGAUUCUUGAGGCAUUUGAAAUAGGAGUUUUCAGAACUGGCAAGAAAGAAUGUAGCUUCAGUGAACCGGAGACCUCCAUGGCAGAGAGCCUGAUGCAGCUGGCCGCUUACACAUGUCACCUGCUUAGCAUGUUGCAGUCCUCUUUUCACGACCAAGAAAACCCGGGGUACUUCCAAAGCAGGAACCCACUCAUACGCAAGAGAUCUGUCUAACAAGGCAGGUAACUGAAUUAGAGAAUUUGUUCAGAAUGAUGCUUUAUAGCAAAAGACCAACCAAUAAGAAUUUACAUUAGUUUCACUCAAAUUUGUUUUAUGUACUUGGCACCAGAUGCCUUUUAAAAAUAUUUUGCAAACAUGGAGUGACCAGAUCAAUAUUACUGUUAAAAUUAAUUGUCUGAGUCAGGCACAGUAGCAUGUGCCUGUAGUCCAACCUAUUCAGGAGGCUGAGGCAGGAAGACCAUUUGGGCCCAAGAGUUCAAGAUCUUCCCGUGCAACCUAGAGAAGAGACCCAAUCUCAAAUUAAAUUAAAUUAAAUUAGUUGUCCAGUAUUUUGUAACCAUCCUAAAAAGUAAUGAAACAGAUUUAUUGCCAAUCCCAGGCACUGACUAGAACAUCUGUAAAACAGCAGGUGCUAACAAGAACUGGUCAGCCGGUGGAACUGCAUGGAAAAAGCCAGAUUUUGGGGCACAUAAGCCCUUUGGUUCCAUCAACAAUGAAGCAGUUUACUCCACUCAGCACAGCCUCUGAAGCCUACUGCAUUCUUUCUUGCUGCUCGACAAAGCUGGAAAUUUUAUAACACAGAUUCCACUCUAACAGAGACAGAUAAAAAGCUAGACCUGAGCUCCCAAAUAUGAAGUUUUAAAUUUCUGUUUCUUCAUAUCACUCACGUGGGGGAGUGGUCUAUACAUCAAGGCAAAAGAAAAAAUCUGGCCCUAGUGGUACCCAGUGAGUCACUCGAUUCCCACAGGCUCUCCGCAAUCAGCUGAAUCACACAUGCGACACUCUCAGACAGUGAUCAGACCUAACUGGAACUAGAAAACUAAAAGUUCUAACUCAGUAAGGUGCUUACUGAGAUUCAGUAAAAUGCCAAAGCAAAAACACGAAAUCACUUCGACACAAAGCCUAGCUCCUGAAGGUCAGAUCUCCACAUCCACCUAGGUGCACGCGGGCGGGGCCGGAGAGGUGUCAGGAAUCCGACAAGCCGGCCCUGUCCUUGCUUCUGGAGGAAGCAACACCUGCUUCUCCUUGCUUGCCCUGACAUGUAGGAGUUGGUCUUCAUAUUUUUUUUAUUUCAUCCAAGUCUCCAGCUAAAAUUUUCCCCUUCUAAAUAUGGCACAAUUCUAGUUCAGCUAUUAAUAGGCUGUUCCAAAGACCUCCUUUCAAGAUUUCCUAAAAAUAGAAUCUUAUCAAUGACGUAACAGAAAGGAAAACGUGACUUGUUUUCUCGGAAUGGAGAGAGCUGGGAGUAUAGCUGCAUAAUGUAUUUAUAACUUCGGAGAGAGGAAAGCCUUAUUUAUUUAAAAUAUGAGAAUAUCACAUCCAGGGAAAUUCAAACUGUGUCUACACACACAAUGUACCUGAUUUCACCACCCCAGGAAAAACAAAAACUGAUUUCAAACGCCCUCCAUUUGUUUUUAUUAGAUUCUCCCCGAAUUAAUUCAAUCACAUUAUUUUCAGCCAAUGAUUUUGGUGCUGGGUAGGUACAGUCUAAAGGAGUAGUACUACAUUUUAAAUACCCUACCAUAAUUUUUUUUUAAAAAACCAGUUACCCUGCUUGCUAACACCAAAGAUGAUUUUCAUACCGGCAUUGAAUUUGCACCCUUUACACAAUUUCAGGGCCUAGAAAUAUAUUUUCUCACAGACAGAGGCACAACUCAGAGCCUGGACCCGUCUUUUUACUUGACUACACAGACUCCCAAGCUUUGCUUUGUUGAAAUCAUAGUGGGCAGAUUCAGCCCCACACAAGCAAUACACCACUGCUUCUGAACUGGCUUCCGUCCCCAGAAGCGGCUCCGUGUACCGUUUAUUUCAGCUCCUGUUCUUUAAUCUCCCACAUACAGCAGCCAGAUCAUGGGUUUAUCUGUUCACUCAUUCAAUCAAGGAGCAGAAUUCAUCGUAGAAAGGAACUUCACUCGUUCAGUUACACGGCUGUUAAUUACAAAACAGCACUUCGAAUCUCUCUUUUUGGUAGAAUGGAAGUUAGUGUGUUUUUGCCAUAACCCAUUCAGGUCUUCUCCUGACAGGAAGCUUACCUGAAAGAGGGCCAGGAGGGGUGAUGUCCGGACACCCUAAAAGUCUGGACUUCAGGAGGAGAUCAGGUGGAGAUCUGGGUAUCAGGAACUGGGAAUCUCGGUCCCUGGCAUAGACCCCAUAGACGAAAGAAAAUGUGUGUGGACGUGUGGAAGUCCUGGCUGAGGUGUCGCCCGCUCAUGGCACCCCCAGAAAAGCCUGGUGUUUUUCCAGGACCACAGAAAGCUGUGCUAUGUUCGGACUCCCUCCACUCCUGCGCCACCCCCCGAAGACAGGUCUUUGCAGGUUAAAUGCAAACCGCUAUACCAAAGAGUCUUAGGACAUUUUCCCAUGUGCUCUAGGGGCAUUUUCCCUAAAACCUGUUCCCCCCUUCUUUGUACAUAAAGGAUGAAAUCUAUGCAUUUAGCAAACAAAGAGAAAGCACUUCUCCCUUUUCUAUCUAGUUGUUUAGGGUGCAUUCAAAUGCCAGAGGCUGUUCUGAGACGCAUUGGGCCUUCUGGAUAUUACUGUGGUGUGGUUAGCUUUACCUACAUCUGGUAACUAUUUCCUAAAUAGUCAAAGGACAAAGAAGCAGAAGGUAAGAAAUAGCUACUUCCAUGUGUUAAAAAAAAAAAAUGUAAAGAUCUACUAUUUAUAGUGUGAACCAAAGACGCUACCUCACUCGAUUUCCAUUGGUGAUUUUAAUCACAUUGAUGAUACCAAAGAAUACCAAAGAUAUUUUCGUGCACGGCCUCGUCUGCAGAGGGACCUCCACCCUGUCCCGUCCUGUCCUGCCCCAUCCGUACCUCCCGCCCCCUCUCACUCAGUGUACAACUCGACUUCAUUCUGAAUAAUGAUACAAUAACAACAACACCGUUAGGAAACACUACUCUUACGACUGCUAGUUCUUCUUAUAAAUCUCUAGCAAAUACGUCGCAAACUUUGUAACUCCUAGGAUGAGUGCCUUGCUUGAACCAAAGUGUUAAACCGCUGUUAACCUCUCUCUCCUUAUACUCUUUGAAUACCUCAGCCUCUUAGAAAGGCCACUAAUGAAAAAAAAAGGAAUAAUUAUUCACCGUGGUGCUUUUUCCAUGCAACCAUGCAAUGAAACUUGCUUUGAUACCAAAGGAUGACUUCCCCACCCAGAGCUUUGCUGAUAACUCAGAGCUCCUCCUCCUGUCCCCGCCCGGUCCUCCGUCCCUGGUCCCUCACCAGGCGAGCCGUGUGUCACCUUUACCAAUUCCUCCAAAUACCUCAUAGUAAUAAAGUCUAGGGUUACGUUGUAUAGAGAGUCUAUGUGAUAAGGCAGAACUUACUAGUUUGAUAACUGUUAAGGUUACUUUUAAGAAAAACUUUAUAAUUCUUAUUUAUUUUGUAGUUUGUAUGUUCGAGAUGUUCCCUCCCCUCCUCCCUUGGUUUGGGGUUUAUUUUCUCGGGAGAACUGCUCAAGGAAGACUUAAUUUCUGGAAAUGUCCCCCAGAUGGGUUUAGGGUUGUGUAAAAAUGCAAAGAUGGAAUAAGAAUUUCGUUCGGACAGUUACUUACAAAGGUUUUGUGUUUUGUAGAAAAUUUGUUUCCACAGGGUAAAAAUAUAUAUAUAAAUAUAUAUAUAUAAAUAUAUAUAACCUUUUUGUGAAACUGGUUCCUAUUUUUCUCUAUGAUGUGCUGUGAUUUUUUUAAUUUAAUUACAUUUUAUAUGAGCUUAUUUAAUCACUGCUUUAAUUUAUGACUGCGUAGUUUUAAAAAUGUAUAUAGUAGAGGCAAAACGGCCGAGAUUUACGUUGCAAUCUUUGGUUCUCAGUGCUGAGACAAGCUGCGGGCAGGGGUCUCCUGCAGGGUGUGGCUUCGGCUCUCUCAGCAGGCACCUGGGCUUCCUGCCAGCGCCGCGUGAGCAGACCCAGCUCAUUUUUCUGUCACUCAGAGAGAGGCAUUAUCCAUGUUUUCCUCUAGGUUACUAAUUUUUAGGAAGAAAAUGAUUUCAGAGGCAAGACCCGAAAUUCCAGAGAACUGAGGACAUGUUUCUCGGUUCAAAUCCCCGGCAUUUGGGAGAUAGAUACUUUGGUUCUUUCUUGUUUUCUUUUAGCCAUUCUCACGGGUAUGAAAAGUAGAGACAAGCUAACUUGAAUUCGGAAAUCUGCUUACGUUUCCCCAAGUUUCUGACUGCUUCCGGGCGGGGCCUGGGGACCCAGCCCUUCCUGGGUAAAGUGGAGAACAACUGGUUGGGGGCCUUGGGAGGAAGCUGGGGCCGCUCGCGACUCGGGGCUCCUGCCAGAAGCAGCCAAGCACGGCUGCUUGGCCUCAGCGGGCAGUUCUGACUUCAGUGCUUCAAAGUCUCGCGGGCCUGUUGCUGCCCGCUGCUGCCCCUCCCUGCUGCCCCAGGCCCCCACGACCUCAGGGGCGGCGGCGGCGGAGCUGUGCUCCGUACGUCCCUCUCCCUGCCCUGCCCGCUGGAGAGAACCCUGGCAGCCCGGCGAGGCAGGCAAGCCCUGGUCUGCCUUCGCACGCAGUUCCUCAGGAGGGAGAGCCGGCCUGCUGCUCAGUUUCCUCGGCUGAAAUCAGUUGCUCGAGCCGCCUGCCGCCCACAGAGUGUAAAUAGCGCCCCACUCCCUGCCCGGUUCUCCCUCCCUUCUGCAGGUGUGCUUGGGGUGGGCGUAGGCCGCUGCUCAGAAGCCGCAUCUCCUUAGAACUUUCCGCUGUGUGCUGUGCUGGCGACACUGGUGAAGGCCUCGUGUCUCCGACGUGUGCAGUGCAGGGUGGCCCCCCCCAGCAGCGGGCGUGGGGGUCCCGCACGGAGCAGUGGCACCCACCAGGUCACCGCUUCUGUUCCCACGUUUGUCUGGAUCUCUUCGUGCUGUGUUCUGCAUUUGUGGCAUCAUCGCUGUAGACUCAUUUUAGAUUUGCCACCUGAACCAAGUGACGAGUAUAUUUUUAAAAAAUAAACUUUAAAACACCGUCUUCCGCUUGCUUUGGUAGUUGUCUUCCUAUGUCCCUGUAUUCAGUGUCCAGCCCGAGUCAGCCCGCCACCCCAGCCCCGCCCCUUCUCCCCGAGCCCAUUUCCAGCACACCUCUGACCUGAGCUAUUGUUUGAGUGUGACUCGCUUUCCCUGUUCAAGUUAGCUUGAUGGUUUAUGAUGUAAGGAGGGUGCCUAAGACAAUCAUCAGGUAAAAAAAUAAUAAUAAUAAUAACAAAAUAAAAAGAUAGUAGGAUAGAAAAAUCUUUCACGAGCAAAGGGAGUUCUUCCUUAGCAAUGAAAAACAUAAUAAAUAAUGAAUUAAAAACCUACCCAGGAGGGGCUUAGAAGACUUUUGAUAAAAGACAAACGUUGCUGUCGUUUUCUUUGUCAAUUAGGAAGCAGUGGUAGUUCCUACGUCGAAUCUGCGUUUCAGACGAAAUGAUUAUUGUACCCGUUACGGUUGUUCGCGGAUACUUUGUCCUGUCUGAUGCUUCUGUACGUUGGGGUGCAGCAGCGGGGCGUGCGGUGCUGGGCGCCCUCCAGCUUUGUUCCCAUAGCUCCUGUACCGCAUUGAGGUUUCUUUCCUUUGGUUUUGUUCUUUUUUUUAAGCUUCGCUACUGUCCUCGCUUUACGCCGUGCAAUAGCAUCUGCUGUGUUUGCUAAGCAAAAAAGAAAAAAAAGAAAAAAAAGCAAGUGAUGACCCAUCAUGCUUUUCAGUGUUAAAAUGUUUCAGCAUUUAUGUAGUC